UGGUAUACAAACAAUUGAUAAUAUCUUGUCGAUAUAUGUAAAUCAUAUGAUUUUACAGAUAUGCUAAUACUUUAAGAUAAAACGAAUAAAUACACAUUUUAAAGUACACACAUACCGAUUAUUUCCUAUAUGUGUAGUAACAACAUUUAUAUUGUUUUGAUUAUUUUACGCUUCACGCAGAGACAGUUACGAUGAAAGAACUAAAAUAAGUGGAUUUGUAACUAUAACAUUAAUCAAGCAACAAAAUGCCGUCUGCUGAAGUAGAGAUCGUAGUAGAAAACACGUGCCCCGGAAGUUUAAACGCUGCAGACGACGAUGUUUGCUUGUUGGCUGAGUCAGCACCCAACGAUAAGAAAAAAGAUACACGUGUUGAAAUGUCUAUGAGAGAAGCAGAGAAGUUAAUAACCUACCUCAACGACGCAUCUGAUCUCUUAUCUACCCGUGUAGAUGAACUGCAUUACAUGGAGAUGCAAAAUAAAUCACCAACGUUACAAAACCGCCGAUGUACAAGACUGAAGUCAAUAUUUUCAAGGAUAGUGAGUAAGUUUACAGGAUCUAAAGGAAUAUCUGCGACAGUUAUUUUACAGUUGGUCUGCCUGAUUAUGCUUACACUAGUUGACACUUUGCCGAAAAAUGACGAUGACAAACAAAUGGCAUUACAAUACGGGUCCAUCGCCAUGUUGUUAUUGCAGACGAUAAACCUGGUUGUUGUUAUUCUAAUCUCAGUACAGUUGCUCAGUCAAAUUCAGAAAAGGGAGGUCACUAGAAUUCUACUAGCGCAGUCCUACAUAGCUACCGUACUUUUAUUUUCGGGCAUUUACACCGCCUCGUACAGAAUGGCUCCGAAGUCAUGGAAAUUUGUAUCUGAUCCUCGGGAGAAUUCCAGUCCCGUUAUGAUAGUAAACUUAUACACAAGAUUCCUCUUCUACUCCGUCUCCACGGCAACGCUUUGUGGUAAACUUUUAUUUUGCUUUGUUGGCUGUAAGCCUAUCAAUUUGUAA